AUGGAAGGGAGCGGCGAUGGCGGUGGGGCGCAUCCGGGCCUGACCACGGCUCCGGGCGGGGAAGGCGACGGCUGCGAGGGGCUGUGGGAGCUGCCGGUGGAGCACUGCGAGAGGCGGCCCGUCUGCGGACGCUGCAGGUAUCCUGAAUUAGCAACUGUGUGCAGAAAUUCCAAUACUCUAAUUUUGUAUCCUGGAGCUGAUGCAACCAACUUGGAGGAAGUGGCAAUGAUGUCUUCUAGUCCAUCUGUUAUGAUCAUCAUCGAUGGAACAUGGAGUCAGGCCAAAGAUAUAUUUUACAAAAAUUCUCUCUUCCGCCUUCCCAAGCAGGUGCAGUUAAAACCCAGUAUUUCAAGUCAAUAUGUAAUUCGUACACAACCAACAAACACCUGUCUGUCUACUCUUGAAUGUGCAGCUGUUGCUCUUUCCAUCAUGGAAAAAAAUAAGAGUAUACAAGAGACUAUACUCCAUCCGCUUCAAGCUUUAUGCUCUUUCCAACUUCAGUAUGGUGCCCAGAUCCAUCACAGCAAAGAGCAUCUUCUCAAAAAUGGCUUAUAUGACAAGCCCAUGCCAAAGAAUAAACGCAAACUCAGGAGGAUGGAGCUUCUGGUGAAUAACGUUAAAAUAUAAGACAACUGUACUGACUGUACAGUAGGAUUUAUUUUCAGCUAGCAAAUGAAUAUGAAUCUGGAUUUGAUCCAAACAGUUGACUACACGGUAAUAAAACAUCUUUUAGGCCCUUCUUAGGCAAGAGUUUAUCUACCAAUGUGACAAACAGUAAUGGACAAGCUUUUUCAUAUAUACAGUAAGCCAGGUGCCUUUGUUCAGAUGAUGGAAGAGCAUUCUCAUUUCCUGUAGAGAAGAGGAAGAAAACGGAACAUAAUUUAGACUUAUGUUAUCACUUGGGUGUCAGAUAUGAUCCUCCAUAUGACUGGAUACAUUUAUUUUGGAGAGGCUUUUAUCAAUACAAAAAAGACAAGAAAUACGAAUAUGGAUGUGAUGGAAUGGUAAGGCUUCAGCAGUUAGAAUUAUGUUUCAUUUCUACUGAGAUUUUUAGCUUCAGUAUCUAAUUACAGUAGGCGUUUAAACCAUAAUUCCUUAAAUUCUUUAGUUCAGAUGAGCAUAAGGCAUGUUAUUUGGACAGUUCUUUCUAACUUGGAGAUUUUUAUUUCUUGUAUUAUUAGAACACCUUUUUGUAAAUUUACAUAUAUUUUACAAUGCAGCCGGCUUUUGUUUCUCUCAGACUUAAUUUUUAAAUUAAAUAUGCAUAUGUUUUUACGAGAAAUGAAACAAUUCUGAGUUAGAAAAAGAAAAGUAGAAAAAGUAAUUUUUGGAAUUAUAACUCGGAUGCUUUGUUUACUUGAGCAAAAACUAGUCUUCCACAGAUAGGGAGAUCUCAUGGAUAUAAAUACAUCAUACCCAUACUCUGACGUUCAAUGAUUUUGCAACUGAAGGAAUUAAACAAGCCCAGAGUAAAUCACUCUGUAGGAAGUAUGAUGGAAUGUCAAAUGAUUAUGUCUGGUUACAACCAACUAACAUAAUUACAGAUCCUCUAGACUUCAUGUGUUUAGGUUUUCACUUCUAACUGUGAUAUAACUGUACUUCUUUCUAAUGGGAAUUGCUAGAAGCAGAAGAAUUGGCUACUUUUUACAGGCUUUCUAAUAAUAUUUUAUGAUCUGGUGGGAAAAGUAAAUUGAAGUAAAUGUUCUGAUAAUCCUUUCUUCUACAUAAAUGCCUCCUGCAUUAAAGAGAUUAAAAUGUGUAAUGUUUGUCUUUAGUGUCAGUUCCACUCUAGGUAACAACAUGAAGCUAACUGGGUACUAAUUAAUCUUAGAAAAAGAUAUUUUGUCUUUAAUUUAUGAUCUGUAAGACAAGAAACUACAAAGUGGUGUGGGGAUAGGGUGAGGGGUUGUGUAAGCACAACUAACCAAUAUUGUACUGAAAGCUUUUCUGCAAUUAAUAAGAGAGGUCAAAAUUAGGUCAGAGAUUAGCUAAGAAGUUUUAGUUAACCCUGAGCUAAUAGUGACCUUUUGUUCAGGCAGGAUAAACAAUAUAAUUUGUUGGGCUAUAGCUUAUAUAACCUUUUUCUCUUCUCCCAGUUUAGAUAAAGCCUGUAUCUGUCACUAAAUUCAGCAAAGCUGAAUUAGUUUUGACAUAUCUGAAGCAAAACAGUCUCAUAUGAUUAAUGAUAGUGUAGAUGCACUUUUGGUUCACAUUGGAACAGAGAAAAGGCAUGUUUAUUCCUGUAGCACACUAAUCUCCAGGCUAACUUGGAGUCUGAAAUUACAAUCUUGAGCAAUUUGUGUGUACAGCCUUGUGUGUGAUGCUAUGUCCAGUUCCAGGGUUGAUACGGCUCCAGCUGGGCUGGUAAUCUUCCUUCCCUGUGCCCUGGAACAUGGUCAAUAAUUCCUUGAGGAAGCAUGGGUAUCGAUUAAGCUUUUAUUGUUAAUGUCAUUUUUGGAUGUCCUAUAUGGAUGAUGUUCACUUUUAAUGUUGUAUAUGUUAAUUUAAUUUACCUUAUUUUAAAUCCAUCUCAAGCAGCAGUAUAUCUUUUGACCUACAUUGUGAAGUUUAAUUUCCUAGGCAGAAGACGAAGUGUGUCUUUAUAUAAUAUGUGAGUUUAUAUUAUAGAGAGCAGAAAGAAAUUUGUGUUAUAGCCUGGGAUUCAUAGGCAUCUGCAAAAUGCCUUAGAAUUACAGGAUCAGAGAAAUAGUUGCCUUAAUUCAGUUAUAAUCCUACAUUAAAUACUCUUGUGCAUGCAAUCUCAUGUUUUUCAGCAAAGAACAAAUUCUGCACAGCUUACAGUAAGCACUUUUUAGCUUUGUUGAUUCCCCUUCUUUUAAUUUUGCUCCUGUGGAUAACAGGAUUUUGUAGGAUCUCAAGCUGGAUGCAUGGAAGCCUUUAAUUGCUAAUUUCCUUUGUUGUACAAUAGUAGAUCAAUCAAUAUGCAACAGUUACUGAAGAAGUUAAAAGCAAUGCAUUGCAAACCUCCAGGCAUUUUAUUUUUUUGAGUUUUUUGUAUGUCAUCUAUAAUGUAGUGAAUGUUUAGGUGCAGCACAGCAGUCACUUGGAGUUCUGAUUCAGAUGUUUGAAGCUAAUAAAUAUAAAACACUAUACUUUUUAGGUAGAACAUGCAUGAUUUUAAAAAUGUGCUCAGUGUAAGAGGGAGAAUUUAGAAAGUUUGUUUUCAGGUCUUUUGGAUUAAAUAUUUGCCAAUAAAUACAUUACCUCAAAGGAAUGACUCUCAAAUCCAAACUCUCUUGACAGAAGCUGUGUGUGAUGAAGUAGCACUCUUUGUGAGCAAUCUCAUUAGAAUGAGUUUAAUUUGCAAUUUUAUUUGUAAUGGUAAAUGCGUUUCAUUUUUCCCUUACCAAAAGAUUAAUGAGUGAGACCCACCAGUCUAACAAGAUAUUGAUUAGAAAGGAAGGAAUGUGUUUGCUUCUCAUGUUUUUUCCUUUGUCCUUGUCCACUUCAUACUUCCAAAUAUUGCUACCAAUAUGAAAUCUGCCUUCUAGUGCCCCAAUGUCAUGUGUUGGGAAAUUGGUGACAUGGAUAGUAUAGACUUUUGAACAGAUGCAAAUAUUUUUCAAAGGUGAGCACUGUUAAUUCACCAUAUUUUCAUAGUCUGUAGGGAAAAAAAAAAAAAAAGGAAAUGUUUUAAAAUUAGAACACAAAACACACCUCCCCUUUUGUUUAGAAAGCUUUCAUAUUAAAGAGAUGCUUAGGACAAACAUAAAUGUAUUUUUCUUCAAGAUUCUUCUUUUGCUGCCUCAUAACCCCAUACUACAAAUAAAUUACUCUUUUAUUAGUUUUUCUUGAGAUAAAAGGGAAACUUUUCAACUGACUUCAAAGGAGACAAAAAUUAUUUUAAGACCAGGGAUUUUAUUAUCAACUGCUACA